CUUAAUCCUGAUUCAAUUCGGAUUCAAAACGCUUUAUUAACGGGGUAAAAUUUCGAAGAUACUCGAUUUGUUUAGUAAAAUGGGACUGAUAGUUUAAAAAUAUAAAACCAAUUUUCAAAAUGGAUUCAGAAAUAAUUGGUGACUUUGUCAUUGAAGUUCUUGACAGUGCAGAAGUGCCGGAAAGUGAGCUUUCUGAAUUUCAAGAAACUCGGCCACUUGAAUUUAUUGACAUUAUCCCAGACUCACCCAAAAAAAUUACACCCAACACGGGAAGCAACGAAGAAACUGAAGAAACACUUAUCCAAAAAUUUGUUAGUGGUGAGGUUGAUUUUCCUGAUGUUUAUACCCGCCUUGACGCGGAGGAGGACGAUGACAAACCACCUCCCGAUACCAGGCCAUCUACUCACCAAGAAGAAAGAAAUUUUGCAGCUUUUUCUAACCAGAAUCAAACCAACCAAGUAGACACUUCAAUGGAUGAAUUUUCGAACACAAUGCACGGAAGCGCACGAAGAAUGCGCAGCACUUUUCGCAAGCGACCUGUUCUUAAUGCAACAUUAUUGGGUUUAAUGGGCGAAGCAAACCUUAGUUUCGCACGCGGAAAUAUUGAAAUGGCUGAAAAAAUCUGCUUAGAAAUCAUUCGGCAGAACCCACUAGCUCCAGAACCAUUCUUCACAUUAGCCGAGAUUAACGAAACGCGAGACAAGGAAAAAUAUAUGAAUUUUUUAACUAUUGCUGCUCAUUUGGAUCCACACAACAGGGACCAAUGGAUAAGAAUAGCCGAGCUUUAUAUUGAGCAAAAAAACUACUCUAGAGCUCGAAUAUAUUACUCUAAAGCCAUAAAAUGCCUAAACAAAGAUUAUGACCUAAGACUCAGAAAAGCUAAACUUCUUGAAUUAAUGAAUGAACGCAAUAAUGCUAUGUACACAUAUUUAAAAAUGAUACCUUUGGUGCCAGUAGAGCGUGGAGAACUUUGUUUGGUAACUGCAAAAAAUGUUGCCACCUAUUUUUAUGCACACAAAAAAAUGGGGUUUGCUUUAGAAGCAUUGGAAGGAGCAUAUGGAGUUGCUAGGCAUAUUUUCUCCGCGGAAGAAUUAAAUCUUUAUUUAGAGAUGCUUUUGAUCAAUAAAAAAUAUAGGCGAAUUCUUCAGGUGCUUCAGGAGCAAGCUGAUUUGGAAUUGAUUACAGAAAAGCAGGCAAAUAGUGAUGAAUUGGUAAUAUUUUGCGUUAUACCUGAUCAGAUGGUUGCCGAUCUGCGUGCUAAGCUAUGCAUAAGUUUAAUUCAGCUCAAGGCAUUCCAUUUACUGGAAUUCUUGAUAUCUAAUGUCCAUAAAUAUAUAUCAUUGAGCAAGAGAGUAGAUUUGUACAUUGACAUAGCCGAAGCAAUGAUGAGAGAGUCCAAAUUUGAAGAAGCGUCUCAGUUAUUGCUGCCAAUAGUGACUGGAGAUCACAUUGAUCCUCCGGCAUUCGUAUGGUUAAAAUACGCUGAAUGUCUCAGAGAGCUCCAUCAAUUUGAACGUGCUAUAGAAUGUUAUUAUAAAGUUGUUGAACUGGCUCCAUAUUGCUAUGAGGCUAAAUUUACAUUGUCGGCUCUUUUAAAACAGCAAGGUCGUCCAAGAGAAGCACUAAAAGCUCUCGAACAAGAUCUUGAUGGGGAAAAGAUAAAUCCAAGAUUAUUGUAUGAAAGAUGUCUUAUGCUCAAAGGUGUUGGCGAAAUAGAUCAGUAUGUUGAUGUUGGAUAUGUUUUGUUAGCGAGAAACUCCCUCAAAUUAAAUAGUCGCGAAGAGAUGCUAGCGGCAUCUAAUGGAUCUAGUUUUGUUAACAUAGGUGGAGUUAAGACAAUCCUAGAAACAAGACUUAUAAAACAGGACGAACAUAGAGAGGUGCCUGAUUUUGGAAAUAUAGAAUCUAACUCUGAUUUAGCAAUCGCAGACGAAUAUGAAUUGUUCUUGGAUCUUGUCAGCACUUGCUUUAAAAUAAAAAAGUAUGCGAUAAUGGAGAAACUAUGUUUUGCUAUGGUAACGACUAAGAGAUUUAUGCAAUACACAUCUGAGUUGGAGUGCAUUGGUAUUCUAGCUUGCUAUUACAAUAAUGACACCGUCUUUUCAUUCGCCUAUUUCCGUGAAAUGUUCUCGAAAAACUUUUGCAGAAUGGCUGUAUGGAACUUUUAUACAACUCUUAUUCAAAAAGGGGAAGAUCUUCGUUACCAUCGUUUUUUAAGACGUGCUUUGGCUCGUGGAGGAAGUCCAUCCUUCAUGAGAAUUUUUCUCGCUCAUUAUCAUUUGUAUUGUUGCUCAUAUAAGUAUGCACUCAAUAUAUAUGUUCCAAUGCUGAAAGAACACCCAGAGCCAAUUGUAUAUUUGUGCAUAUCGGUGGUUUUUAGUCAGAUAGCUUUACAAAAAAAAGUUCUUAGAAAGACAGCGGCAAUUGGACAGGCUUUGGUUUUUAUGAAAAAAUAUGCUGAAUCCCGUAUGUGUGGCAUUUCUACUCAACAAGAAAUUUUUUAUAAUCUUGGACGAUUAUAUCAUCAGUCUUGUAUGACCCACUUGGCACUGCACUAUUACGAAAAAGCUUUAGCUUUUAACGACGAUUUACUUGAGAGACAUGAAAAUCUUUUGAGUUUGAAAAACCAAAUAGCUUUUAAUAUACACUUAAUUUACAGAGCAAGUGGAAAUAAAGAAAUGGCAAGGCAAUAUUUGUAUAAGUAUAUUAUUAUUUGAUCACAAAAACAUGCCUUUUUAUUAUUGCAUAUUGCAUAUUAUUGUUUUUUUUUUCUAAAAAUUAUUUUCAGAUAUAAUCAAAAUUAAAUGACAUUUCAAUGUAAA